GUUCUGAGCAAACUUUCAGCAUGCUUGAAAAUGCCCAAUAAAACAGCGCAAUGCCCUAACAAUAAUAUGUUAUGUGUCGCAAGCUCAAAAGGCGAUAUUUGUAUCGCUUUUGGCUCAGCACCGACUACUACUGCCUCUUCGCCGGCAACAACUCCUCCUACUACUAAAGCUCCCUCUCCGGUUCCAGUCACAGUCCCAGUAAUAACUACAAGCGCCACUGUACCGGUUGUUGUUCCUCAAAGUAAGGAGAAAUAUUUGGUGGAUUAG